AUGCAAAAGCGCAUCGCACAAGAUCGGCUAGAAGCUGCGCAAAAAAAAGCCGCCUUAGAGGCGUUUGCACGACCACGACCACGAAAAGUAGCACGUACAGAGCGCCCGGCGCGUCGUGUCAUGAGCCACAGCCGCAGCGUUAGCGAUGAUGAUGAUGACGAUGCGGACGACGCCGCGUUGGAUCGUCUUGCUCGCAGCUCGGCCUCAUCAAGUCAGUAUGGCACAUCUACCUUCCACUACCAUGUUCCUCGCUCUAUUUUGCCGCCGGACGGCUACGAUCCUUUGGCGCCGGAGCUCCGUGCUACAGCCUCGGGGCCCAUCUCAAGCCGAUCGCUCGUAGAGACGUCGGAGACCAUCUAUGUGCCAUUUUUUGAGGGACUGGAAGAACAGCCUGUGGUAACCCUAGAAUACCCUGCGAUCGACGCACAGGAAGAAUUUCUGCUGCUUGUGCCCAAGGAUGUCGACGAGUACGAUCCGAUCUCGGACUUGCUUCGCGUCGUGCAUGCAGUGGUGGCACAUUAUAUCCCAGCAGCACAGCAGCCGCAAUUUGGCCACCUGGAUCACUUAGAAACUGGCAGCAAUGCAGGGAAUACGCUGGACAAGGUGUCAGCGCGUCUUGCCAUGCGUGCUGACUCGUCCGGCCCAUCGUCACGCAGCACGACGCCUGUGCCUAGCACUACCAGUACGCCGCCUCCCUUAUCAGGACCGGCUGAUGAGACGGAAUCCAUAUUGCGCUCGUUCACCAAGGCACGGAAUCGGCGCAACGGUCCUCUGUUUGUGCGCUCCGUGGAACGGUACAACGCGUUGCUUCGCACGUUGCGGCAAGAUGGUACGAUUACAUCCCAUUUGGCUACGCUUGGCGCGUCGCAUGGCAUGCCAGAAGGUGUAUGGCGCACUAUUCAGGAGCAGGUCUACGCUCGCGUGGCUGCGCCGCAUGUCGACAAACUCAAGCAAUACGAAGCAUUCUCUGAUUAUGUGUACGGCGAAAUGCUACCGCCAUUCCUGAGUGAGAUUGAGCGCAUUGCCCAGAUGGGGCCUCAAUCUGUGUUUGUGGAUCUGGGGAGUGGGAUCGGCAAUAUUCUCCUCCAAGCGUCGCUGCAAACAGGUUGUGCAUCGUAUGGCUGUGAAGUUAUGGAGACCCCAAGUGCUCUCGCUACGAAGCAGAUCAUUGAAGCCACACACCGCUGGCGAAUGUGGAAUGUGUGUGGCGGCCCUGCCAUGGAAGCAUGGUGUGAAGACUUUACCGAGUCGGAUCGCGUACGUGAGGUCCUGCGCCGUGCCGAUGUCGUGCUUGUAAACAAUUACGCGUUUCGUCCGAAGACGAACGAUACGCUGUCCCUUCUGUUCCUAGACCUGAAGGACGGCGCCAAAAUCUUUUCGCUGCGUCCUUUUGUCCCGACUGAUUUUCGGUUGACCGAGCGCACAGCAUCCAGUCCCCUUGCUAUCCUACGUGUGGAAGAACGGCGGUAUGCAAGCGGAUGUGUAAGUUGGACGGGCGGUAGCGGUGCCUACUACGUCCAAACCGUGGACCGGAGCUUAAUCCAGCACUUUACUGCUAGUGCCGUUCCCGAAAACACUACAGCGAUGUAG